AUGAUGACCAAUGCUGAAAUGGAAGAGAAGCACAAAAGCAUCAGCACGACGAUAAACGCGCCCGAAAGCCAAUCGAUAGAGCUGAGCAAGCAGGAGUUCCCGAGUAAACAAUCUACGCUCAAGGCGAUAGUGACGAGGAACCCGAAGACCACGUUGAUAAAUGUGGCCCAAACAAACGUUGAAAUGAGCGGCUCGUCAUCC